UAACCAGCUCCCCCGUGUGAGCACUACACACACACCAUUGAACCACCCAUAUCUGCCUUGUUUACGGAGAUGUAUGUCAGACGAAGUCUUAAAGCAGCACAGAAGUUUAGCAGUAGACUUGACUGAUUAGAGGCAAGCAAAGGUGAAGGAGCAGCAGGCUGCCCGUAUCAACAACGACAACUACAACAAUAUCACCAAGAUGGCGGUGUGUCAGUCAUCUGAGACGGACGAGCUUCUGACCUGCCUCCGCGUGCAGCUGUACCACCCCGAGCCACACAGCCUCUUCGCCAACCUGCCCAUGAACCAGAGGCUGCGGCGAGAGGCCGAGGACCCGCUGCGACUGGGGCGCACGGCCGGCGCCUGCGAGUUCAUCCUCAACGACAACCGGGUGUCCCGGAAGCAGCUGUCCCUGCAGGCUUUCCGACGCCCAGGGAGCACCGAGAUGCGCUUCAACGUCCAGAACCUCAGCCGACGCAAGCCGGGCCUACAGGUCAACGGCAUAGACGUCGGGUAUCUGAACAUAGCCGAGCUGCCCGACAAGGCCCUGGUUCGCUUCGGGCGCUACGAGCUGCUGAUCUUGCGUGAGGUGGGAGAUUGCGAGAGCCACUUUGAGGUGCUGUUCGAGUGGCGAGGGGUGCCGCCGUCGCAGGAGAUGGGGCUCGGGGCGGCCGAUAGAGUGGCCGUGAUGGAGUCGGGAGUUGCUGCCCUGGCACUUUCUCCUCCUGCGACACCAGGUGGAGAUGAUCCGUCCACGCUGCGGGUGAUGGACGUUCCUCGUUCCAACAAUGUACCGUCGGAAUCGGACGAGAAUUUCUUAACCUGCACUGGUCAUACGAAGAAUUGAAAUUACGUUUCUUACUUUCCGAUGGAGACAUAGACAUACUAUACAUACUUCAGGUAUAGAAAUAGACAUACACAAUAAGACAUGCAGACAUUGAAGGCCAAGAUUGAAAUAUAGAGAACAUGGUAUAAUAAAUAGCCUAGAUGUAUUUGUGUUGUGCAGUGGUGCUAGCCUGGUGUUACCAUACCCUCAUACACAUUUCAUUCAUACAGAGGGUCUAAAACUGCCCAGUUGGAAAGCGAUUAGUGGUGGGAGGUUUGAUCUCCAUUUAAAUUUGAAAUGUGUGUCUUACUCAAUCGCUAACUUUUGGUCAUGAUAUUGAAAAAACGAGUACCCAGUCCUCGUCGUGGGAGGGGUGAACAAUGUUGAAGUUAGAAAAGCAUCUCCUUUAAAGUGCCUCCCUUGUCCCGCCGCCCCUCAUACUUGUAUGUUCAGCUUGUUGCCUGGUAACAAGACCACCCCCAAGAACAUCCAGACAUAACAUGGAAGGAUUUUUUUUUUUUUUUUUUUUACUGGAGCGCUUAAGUCUGGAAAGGCCAGGCUACAGUGGUGCAUCACAAAAUGAAAGUCAAAGUGUACUUCAUAUUCAAAUCAUGUCAAAGUGUACCUUAUUUAUUAUUGUCGUGAACAAAUUUAUACAUGAACAAAACAUUUCAUAGACGUUCUGAUGCUUUGUGUGUGUUCUCUUAUGGAAGAUGCUUUGGAUGAAGUGCACAUAUGGUACUUAUUUUCGGAUUUUCAUUGGAUAACUUGAAGCCCAAGUGAGUUGAGUUAUGAAAUCGGCAACCCAAAGUGCAAAAGUGCUGGCAGGGAAACAUACAGUACAUGGCAUGCACAUUCAUGUUGGAUAUCCGUCGUUAGUUUUCACAAAUUGCGCCAACUGUGCCUUGAUCUAAACUUGAGCUUUCUGAAUGAAGUGUGUUUUUAUAUGUUUAUGUAGUGUUUGAAAUGGUAGAGUAUUUAUUCCACUUUAAACAAAUAUGUGAACGUGGCUAAGCCACAACCAGUUACCAAAAUCAUGUUACUCCACACUCCAAGUUGAUUGAAGUCCAAUAAAUAGUUAUAGACUGUCUAUAGAUGAGCAAACCUUUUAUGGAAAGAAAACUUGUAACUGUGACAUUCGUACAUACUGUAUUACAUAGAC